AUGGAAAUCUGUCCCCAAUUUGUUCUCCCUUCCGAACUCUUAAUAGAAAUCUUGUCAUGGCUUCCUGUGAAGAGCCUCAUACGAUUCAAGUGCGUUUGCAAGUCAUGGAAAUCACUCAUCUCUAACGACAAACCAUUCGUCAAACUGCAACUGGACAGAAGAUCGCCCAAAAACAACCACGUACUCCUCACCUCAAGACAACCACGCUCCUCUGACUGCUGCUUCAUUCCGUGCCUCGUGACUCGCUUGCUUGAGGACCCGUCAUUCAUUAUCAAGCAAGAUAGAUUCCUCCCUUUCGAGGACAUCGAGUUCGAAAAGGUCAUUGGAUCAUCUAACGGCUUGGUAUGUUUGCAAGUUGGUGGUUAUGGUCGCAGGUUAUGUUUCUGCCUCUGGAACCCUGCCACGCGCUUGACGUUCCACAUGUCGCCACCCUUAACCUUAACCUUAGACGGUAAAUUCGGGGCUCUCAAUUAUGGCUUCGGCUAUGAUGUUUCAUGUAACACUUACAAGGUUGUGGUGGUAUUGUCUCUCUAUCAUCCUAAUGAUAGAGUGUCCGAAAAAGUGACAGUUGUUCAUUGCACUGGUGAUAGUUGUUGGAGAGAGACUUUGAGCGUCCCUGACGUCCCAUUUGAGUUUUAUCAUAUAUGUGGAGCGUCUUUAGGUGACUGUGUUAAUUGGUUAGCAAACAAGUUCCAACAGUUGCUGAUUGUUUCCCUUGACAUGCGUGAUGAGAAAUACCGGUUAUUGUCAUUACCUGAGGGUACUAGUGAUGUGUCUCAUGCUGAGAUACAGGUUUCGGGAAAUUGUCUUUACCUUUUUUAUGACCACAAGAGAACCCACUUUAUUGUGUGGAAAAUGAGAGAGUUUGGAGUUCAAGAGUCUUGGACUCGUUUGGUGAAUAUUAGUUACAAGCAUCUUCAAUAUGAUCUGCUUCAUCAAUGGCUGAUAUGCUUGUCUGGAGAUGGAGACAUCUUUACGCUCGAAAAAAAUGGAAAAUUGGUUAUAAUAUAUAAUCUAAGUGACAAUAGCGUGAAAUAUGUUGAAUUUCCCAACAAAUCUUGGUUGGGUGCCAAUGACUAUGUAGAGAGUCUGAUUUCACCUUGA